GCCACGCGAGAGAGGUUCAGGAGGUGCACUCGAAGAAGACUCUUCUGCUGCCGACAGAGACGCGUUUUGGAACGAACGUCAUCAUGAUGGAGAGGCUGGUGGACCUGCGGGUAGAUCUGACGAAGGUUAUAGGCGACAAGCGCUGGCGUGAGACGGUUUGGUCCACCAGCAAGAUCCGCAAGGAUGUUGCGGAGGUCACUGCGUGCAUCGGAUCUCCUCAAUGGUGGGAGGAUCUGAUAGCAUUGUACCACAUGCUAGAGCCUAUCAUGGACAUGUUGAGGUUGGUGGAUAGCGACACACGCCUAAUCAACAAGAUUUUGCACCGUUAUGAGGUAAUGAUUGCAUCUUGUUUGUCUACUUGCAAGGACAUUGAUGAGGAUCAGCAGGACGCUAUUCUGGAGGUGUUUGUCAGACGGCGCACCAUGUUCCAGACCCCCGCCCACAUAGCAGUCAUGCUGUUGGAUCCCGAGUUCCGGGACCCAACGCUUUGUGACGAUGGUGAGGUGCAGCGGGCGUUGGUCGAGGCCCUGGUCCAGUUCGGCUACCCGGAGGGAUCACCGCAACACCGGGAGGUCCGUCGAGUCGUUGACAAGUUCCACACAUGCGAGCCGCCUUUCGAUGACGUCACCGUGCGGCGGGCGAUGGAUAGCUUUGACCAUCCUGCCAGUUUUUGGUCGGCGAAGAGUGGGAAGUUCCCUCACCUGGACGUGUUCGCCGGCAGGAUCCUCCGCAUCUGGGCGACGACGUCACCGUGCGAGAGGGCCUGGUCUCGCUGGAGCUUCAUUCAUUCGAAGUCUCGGAACAUGUUGGAGGUCGCUCGGGCUGAGAAGCUUGUCAGGUGCCACUGGAACCUCAGGCUUCUCGAUAGACCGGCGUUGUAUGACGAUGGUGCUGGUGAGAGGCCCGACAUCUUCGAAAAGGCCGGAGGUCGCGGACGAGCGGUGGCCGGAGGACCGACGCGCGGCGACGUGCGUGCUGGCUCGCGGACACGACGACGGCGGGCGGGCGAUUUCGUUCGCAAGGCUCGCGUGCGCUGGGACGAGGGAGACUUUCUGUUCGACAGCACGUCCAACGACGACGACGAUUUCUUCACGUCAGGCACACCGGCGGCCGACGACAACGAUGGAGGUGAUAUUGGAGGCAGUGGCGACGGAGGAGGUGACGGGGGAGGUUGUGGGUGCGGGGGCGCUGGUGGGUUCGAUGAUGGUGGAGAGGGGGGGGUGACGUUGGAGGCGGGGGAGGUGGCGAGGGCGGUGGUGGGGGAGCUGAUGGUGAAGGCGAGGAAGGGGGAGGCGACGGUGGAGGCGUGGAAGGGGGAGGUGAUGGUGGAGGCAGUGACGGUGGAGGUGAUGGUGGAGGCGGUGACAGAAGAGGUGAUGGACCCGAUGGUGGAUGGACGGUUGAGACACGGGGGCAGACGGGAUGACAACAUUGUUUCUCGUGUGCGUAGUGUCCACGUCGCGACCCGGACGGAGGCACAUGUCAUGCAGCAGGACCCGGUCAUCGUGUCGGAGGAUGACAUGGGUGAUCAUCCCACGUCGUUGGCGCGGGAGGAGAGUGGAGUGGUGUUCACUCGUCCCCGGUCGCCGGAGCCCACUGUCGACACAGCGGAGGAGACGGAGUUCCAUCGCAUGCCUUCCACUGAUGUUGUCACGGGCGCGCACGGGGCGCCCACGACGAAGGUCCCCCCCGCAGGUGUGGGUAUGGAGGACGGGGAGGCACCACCCCCUCCCACGACAGACGCUGGUCUAGAGGACGGAGAGGUCACACCUACUCCUGCUUGUGCCCAUGAUGGCCUGGGGUCUGUACGCUACAGUAGAGAGGAUGUGGCGCGCGCCCUGGCGAGCGGCGGUUACUCCACAGAGGAUAUCCACCGCACAUUGGCGGGAUACCCAGACACGCUUCAACAAAGCGCCGGCCUCCAUUGCCCGCCCAGCAGCCCUCCGCGCACUGAUAAGUUACUGGCCAUGGACUCAGCCUUGGCAGGCCUGCCCGAAAUAUCGCUUUUGAUAUCUCCCAGUUUGCCAGACAUGGCGCCACCAAAGGCUACUCAACUGGAUGAGACGCAUCAUGACACAGGAUCCGACGCGGUCGGCGGCGACACGAGACUGCAUUCUUCAGAGGUCCGCAGCUCUCCCGCCAGUUUUCAUGUGGGAGGUCCAUGGGCUGUGGACCAGGGGUUGGCGGAGGAGGUGGCACGGAACCGCCGUGGUGGGCCACGCGUCGCAGCUCAACGCAGUCUGGGAGAGUCAUUAGAGGCAGCUUUCGCGGAUCAUGUGGCGCCCGAGGGUCGUGGUUCGCAGGAUUUUUCAGAUGGCGGGUCAUUAGUCCCACCACGGGCGGCGGGUCAGCAGGCAGAGCCGCACCCGGGCCCGACGGUGGCAACAGAGGCGCAGGUUCUGGGGGUCGUUCGGUCUGGAGGAGGCGAGGGCACGGGGCAGGAUCCGGCCCAGCCACGGAGCACAGCUGAUGGUCAGCCCGUCGGCGGGGACAGCGAGCACGGCGGGUCAUCGACCACACACCCUGAUGCUGGAGGGCCCGUCGGCGCCGUCGCACAUGGUGUCGGAGGCGGGCAUGCAGGUGACCCUCUACCGCAUCUGCCAGGGAUUUGUCCACCACCCCCGCACCCCCCCGUCGUCGACCCCGCCGCCCAUGGCUUGGAUGGGCGCAGUGCAUUGCCAACGAUGCCAUUCUACAACGGCGCGAGCACAGACCGAGGGGCGGGCGAUAUGGGACACGCAUCAGCAUGUGGACCGACAGAUGUGCCCGCGGGGACGCGGUUGAUAGGCCACGUCGAUGGCAGUUGUCACGAGUCCAUGAGAGCUUUCGAGGAGCGGCAUGGGAGGCCCAUACGGCCGAAGACAGAGGACGUCCAUGACACCGGGAUGGCAACUGCGAGGCUCUCUCGGGCGAGGAAGAAGGGGACAGGUACGUCGAUUCCGUUUCACCGACGCCGCCUGCCACCUAUUUUUCGCUACAAAGAUCAGUCCAGACAGAUGCCGGCGGCUGCUGACGGACAGGCGGGGGCAGACGGGGGKGACGGCGUGGACAGACCAGGGCGAGGCGAGAAAAGACGAGGCGGCUGGAGCAUCAUCCAUGAUGACAGUUCCACAGCCACUGAGGCCGGCGAGACCACAGGGGCCGACGAUCCUAAUGACUCUGAUUACGUGCCGAGGUUCCGGAUGGCAAAUGGAGAUGACGAUGGAGGACGACGCGUGAGGCAGAGGACAGGACUCGGCCCGCAAGGGCAGUGCACGCCAUCAGCCAAUGUGCCGCUUAUUGAUCGAUGGGCGCAAGCUCGCUCUAUUGUCAUCUUGUGAUUGGUUGUUGGGAGUUUGUCAGAGAGAUAGGAACACUGUGUGCAUUCACCGCAUCUGUGCAUGGUUGAUAGUAACUUGAUACAAUGU